UUUGAAAGGAAUAAAACCCUGCUUGCAUUGCAUCCGUGAAUAAACCCUGCUCUUUUACAAUACCGAGUCGCAGACGAACCAGACAUCUUCUCGAGAGGAAAUAGAGAGAAAACAGAAAACCAAAGAUGAUUAUACCAGUUCGCUGUUUCACUUGCGGCAAGGUGAUUGGGAACAAAUGGGAUACUUAUCUUGAUCUCCUUCAAGCAGAUUACUCUGAAGGUGAUGCACUCGAUGCAUUGGGAUUGGUCCGUUAUUGCUGUAGGCGAAUGCUCAUGACUCAUGUUGACCUCAUCGAGAAGCUUUUGAACUACAAUACACUGGAGAGAAGUGAAGGCAGUUAAAGGAGACUUACUGGGACUGCUUAUCAUGAAUGAACCUUAACAUGUGUAGUGACUAUGGUGGAAGCAUAGACACUGGAGAGAAUAUAUUUAGAAAUGUCAAGUAUUGUGUGAAUGUUAUUUUUGUUUUUUCUAUGUUAUGCAGCUUAUGCAUCAAUUUGAUGCCAACAUGGCAAUAAGUUGCUGAAAACAUUUUGUGUUUCUUGCUUGAUGCUGCUCGAUGACUCCUGCGAUCCAUUAGCACUUGCUUUACUACCAUUACCGCGAGCAUUUGCAUUUUAAUGAUAUAGCUUCAUUGGUAGA